AUGGCGCGAUUGAAGGUACUCAAGCCGUGUAAGCGCGCACCAAAGGCGAAGUUGAUCCACGUGAUCCGCCACGGCGAGGCACAGCACAAUGUCAAUGACAAGUUCUUGCUCAAGCAUGAUACCAAGCUGACGAAGAGGGGUCAGCGUCAGGCCAAGUCGCUGCACAAGCUACUGCCCAAGUUGAAGCCCCAGGUGGCCGUGUCCUCAGCUGUGCUGCGAGCGCUGCAGACCACCCGUGGCAUCGGCUUUGCAGGGCCCACCGUAGUGUCGCCGGAGGCCCGCGAAGUGGGCGGAUGGCCGGCCAACAGCCCCAUCGAGAGCAAAGAGGCACUAUCUUGCGAGUUGGCGUCGCAAUUUGGGCGCUAUGAUUGGUCGUUGGUUGCAGGCCCACAACGGAGUGACACCAUGCGCUGGGAACCCGAAAGCGAAAUCAAGGAUCGGGCCAAGCGCCUCAGCCGCUUUCUGGAACGACGACCAGAGAAGAGUCUUUUGUUAGUGUCACAUGGGGAGUUCUUGCAGCACCUGACCAGCGACAAGUACAUGGGGAACUGCCCGCUGGCUCAAAGGGGCCCCAGGCUGUCGGACCUGUCAGGUGAAGUGCGAACCUAUUCGCUGUAUCGUGGGAAGUGGCAACGCUUGCGGCGGGUGAAAUGUGUUGAUCAUUCGGACGAUUCCACCCGUCCGGUCGACCCACCGUGGCCCAACUGGGCGAAGUCGGCCGGGCCGGGCCCGCUGCGGGCGCAUCGAGCAAGGUAUGACGUGAAUGGUGAUGGAGUGAUCUCCCUCCAAGAGAUGAAGGCGGUUCUGAAGCAGAGCACAGUGGGCUCGACCGAGCGCGAUCUCCGUGCAGUUCUGAAGGAGGUCGACGAGAAUGAGGAUGGAUCGGUGUGCUUCCGAGAGUACCUGCGAUUGGCGCAGAACCUUUCCGAAAAAGAGAAUAAGACCAAGGUGAAGAGCUCGCGCAUCACACGAGCGUAUUUCGAUCCAGUGCAAUUUGCACAGAACGCGCAGCUCUUCCAGGACGUCGCCGAUAAGGAUGGCCGAGUGAAUCCCGCCAACCUCCAGGAAUUUCUUCAGCAGAAAGAGAUUAAGUUCAGCGAAGAUCGCUUGAAAACCGUCAUGAAAGAGUUGGAAGAAGCGGAGAAUGGUUUGGAACUCGACGAGUUCAUGCUCUUGCUGGUGAAGGCCUUAGGAGCCAAGCGGCGGAAGGCCCUUCCGUUGCGGUGA